GCAUAAUCAUUUACAUCAUUCCAACACUGUUCCUUAUCAUUUUUCUCAUCAUUUCGACUUCUUCAUCGCUGCGUUUCAUUUCAAUUUUUCGUCAACUUCUGAAGAAGUCAUAACUCAACUUAAUUGUGCAAAAAAAAGAUUGGAAUAAGAAAACAAAAUUCUGUCAUCAAUUUAAAAAUAGAUUUUUCUUUUGGAUACUCCCCGGAGUUGUGCAAAGUGGCAGAAAAUAUAAAGUGAAAAAUUUCUUGCAAGAUUAAACAUUAGAAAUCAAUACAAUAUGAGUCAAACAACGAUGAACAACUUUCAAUUUGCUCCGUUGAGAAGCCUUGACGACUUCAUACUUGAAUCAGCUCGUUUUCAAAUUCCAACAUUUAGUGACUUUGAAAAAUGGGGUAAUCGUGUCGUCAAGAAUCUUCUUUAUUACCAAACAAAUUAUUUUAUCCUCUCGGCAAUUGAACUCAUAAUCAUUGGCCUUAUUCAACCGAUGAAGAUAGUCCUUGGCGCAGUAGCGAUUGCUGCAGUGUUUUACGCAGUUUUGAUGAUCUACGGACCAAACAAAAGUGCAUCGACACAGCAAUUACAAAGUGUCAAUAAAUACGCAGUAUUGGGACUAUUAUUAGGAAUUGCUUACAUUUUUCUCUACAUGUUUGAUGCUGUUUUGCUUGUUGCUUUCGCAGUAUUACUUCCAAUCAGCAGUAUUUUCAUUCACUCAUCAUUAAGACUCAGAAAUUUAAAAAAUAAAUUGACAACAACAGUCGAAACGAUUGGCAUCAAACAUUCGCCCAUGGGACAAUUGUUGGAAGCUCUCGGACUUAUGCCGGAUACAUUUCAGUAAACAACUAAUAAUGCUGAUACGCGAGAUUGUCGAUGACAUAAUUUUUGAUUUUUUUGAUGCAUACAAUUCAAUUAAGCAAUCUUUAAGAAGAUUCACCAGAAAACAAACAAGAAAAGCUGUCAAGUCCAAGGUUACAAAGUUUAAAUUUGAUUGAGUACAAUUUUCUAAACUGUUCAUAAUGAAAUGGAAAUAAAGAAUAUUUAAACUUACUUUAAUA